AGGGGGCGGCCAUGGAAAAGUUGCAGGAUUGCAGGGAUUCCUUGUUUACAUCCUCCCGGAGCGCGCCGGGGUGGGCGGUUAGCUCCGCCCCCAUUCUUCUGGGCUGACGUCAUUGUCGCUUGGUGUUUUUUAUGAAUGAAAGAAUCCAACCUCAGAGCGCAGCGGAGUAAUUCCGGGAAAAGGCGGACUGACAUUUUGUCGCCAGAGUCGCGUCGAAUCAGCAGAGUCUGAAUCUGUUUGAAGAGCCGAAGACAAUCGGAUCAUGACGACAGAGAGGAGCAACAAAGCCCUGAAGGUGAAGCAGGAGUGCGGGGAGAACGUUCCCUUCCUGUCGGACAGCGAGCUGAUGUCGCUCUCCGUGCGGGAGCUGAACCUCCACCUGCGGGGCCUCUCCCGCGAGGAGAUCCAGAAGCUGAAGCAGCGCCGGCGGACCCUGAAGAACCGCGGAUACGCGGCCAGCUGCCGCGUCAAGCGCGUCUCCCAGCGGGAGGCGCUGGAGCAGCAAAAGAUGGAGCUGCAGAGGGAGGUGGAGCGGCUCGGCGCCGAGAACGCCGGCAUGCGGAAGGAGCUGGAGGGGCUGGGCGCGCGGCUGGCCGCCCUGCAGCGGUUCGCCCGCGGCCUGGAGGCCGGCGGCGGCACGCUGCUGGCCACGGCGCCGCGCCUCAACACCGCCUCCGUCAUCACCAUCGUCAAGAGUCCGCAGCAGCCGCAGCAACAGAGAGAGCAGGAGCCGUCCUAGGGGAACCGGAACCAGAACCAGGGGGACGGGAGGGGGGCGGGGUCAGGUGGUCUGCAAUGCAAACACACACAGAGGCGUGGAAAUUCAGAACCAACACACAGGAUGCACAGACUGGAUCAGUAGGAAAAUACUAAACAUGCUGUCUGCACCUUUUUCACGUUAAGCGGAAGUGAUUUACCUCAGUGCAGUAAAGUGUGCGUCGUUGCCUAGCAACAGCAGCUUAGCUUUUCUAUCCAGGAGCAGAAAGUCACCUGUCCUCUCUCCACACACAGACUCACCUGCUCCUCCUGAACCGGACCGACCCAGAGUUACUGUACCGCAUUACUGCAGACAGGAAGUGGGCGGUUCCUCAGCGCAAACUCUGAUUGGCUCGUUCCAGCAGUGGAAACUGAAACUGUUGAUCCAAUACCAAGUAAAUAAAAGGCCAAGAUACCGGUACCGAUACUUUUAAUUACCAUCAAACUUCUGACCUUCAGCUGUUUUUGUGGUUUUUUAUGUCAUUAAAAGUCAAGACAGAAUUUGGACAAAAUUUAAAUUUGUCUACAAAAUACUACAAAACGCCUACUUCCUGUCUGAAGUUCUGGGUUCUGUCAUAUUCUGAUCGCACCGUCCAGAUUAGCGUGGAUAUUAGCCUAGCAUAGCAGUGACUGUUAGCUGUCCGGGUGUCUAAGGUUAAAGAUGCGGCCGGAAGUGUUACUGGGUUUACUUCCCCCGCUGUUCUCCUCCAUCACGGCGGUCACCAACGCAGUGCCUUCGGUUCACGCAGAACCCAAACAAAGAAAAGCAGAAGCUAACCACUCCUCCUUUCCUGUUUUAGAGCCGCGGCACUUUCAGAAUGACUGCUGUGGAUUUUCUAGGUUUUCAGCCCUAUAACACACACACACAUUUCAUAAAUGUGCAGUAACUUGGGUUCAGUCAGCUUCAGUUUCAUUACAAACAGACUUUUUUCCAGGCUUCAGACCCGCGUCGCUCCUGCUCGCCUCAAUGCAAAUCCUCUGAAACAUUCCAGUUUUGUGUUAUUUGUAACGUCCGUAUGUGCUGCAGAGACGAAAAUGUUGAGUGACAUUUUUAAGAGAUAUAUAUUCUAUAUUUUAUUUGUAUUUAAAGGUAGAUAUUCUGAAAAGACAAGCUAACGAGUGCUGUGAUGUUCUACAUGUUUUCAAAAGUACUUAUGACUAGUCUGAGAAGAUUCUCACGUCUAAUUAUUAUUACUGUGUUGUGUGGCGACAAAGAUUACAAAACGUUAAUGAUUAGCUGCGUAGAAAUACUCAAAGCCAACGGCCAUAUUGAUGUAUGAUUAUUUUUCUGUGUGUGUUUGUGUUUUAUUGCCAUAUUUGUACCAGCUCGUCGCAGCAGACUCCAGGGAGGGACAUUUAUUUUUCUACGGUGACGUUUGUUUAAAAAAAGAAGAAAAAUGGAGAGACAGAAAGCUAAAGAAAGAUGGCGGAAGAGAUGGAAACGGAAAGUCGAGGCUGGAAGAGAAAGUGCAGAGAGGACGGCUGGUUGACUUGAAGAAAUGGAGACAUGUUUAGGCCACUGAAUAUUCAUAGCAAUAUAGGUAUGAGUAGGAAUUAUAACACCAACCAUGCUGCAGAGUAAGACAUGUUUAGCUAAGUAUGAGCAUUUAUUCCCGAUAUCUUAACGUUCUUCCAAUCGUGCUGGAUGUUUUGUAAUACCUGCAAAACAAAAAUGGUAUUUGUAUUUAUUACCUGUAUUUUUUCUAUUGUGAAAAUUUAAGUACAUUGUCUAUUUUAUAUAUUAAUUAUAAUAAAUGUUGUACAUAUUGUACAUAAAACA